ACCAACGCACUAAAAUUCCCAAAUCAACCCACCAAAACAUAGAAUUCCUUCAAUUGAACUAAAACAACACUGAACCCAAAUUUAGAUUUUUCCUCUCUUUCUGUUUGGCUCACCAUUUUAGAUUCCCCAAGCUAGCUCGUCUCUUCUCCUAGCCCAACUUCUUCUUGUAGAUUCUUCCUCUUUGUCAUCCCUUGCAACCUAGAUCUAGUAGACGACAUCAUUUUUCUGCAUCUCCUCUGUCGUCUUCCUCUGCUGCAAUGUAGCCACUGAGGCCAUGAUAGAUGACAUCUGCAAGAAAACCGAAGACUUUGAUCUUUGCUCCAGAACCUUGUGCAGCAACCCGCAUUCCCAGAUCUGGGUUUCUUAUUCCCAUUCGCACAUCCAGAUUUGGGUUCCAUCAACUUGUUUCCUAAACUAGUUUUGAUGGUGCAAUCCAAGUUCGAAGGGAGUAAAUUUUGAGUUAGCAAGACAGAAAGAGAUGAAUAAUUGGGGGCAAUUUGAGGUUAAGGGGUUAGGUUUUGCAGAAGGUGAAGGAAAGGAAGAAGAGAGAAAACAGAGCCCUUAAUUCAACUAAACCUCACAGGAGUUACAAUUUCGAGCUUGAUUUGCAAUGGCUAUACACUCAAUCGCCGCCUAAAACAGACAGGUAAUUCUUGGUUAGAUCUCUCGUUCAAUUUAUUGAAUUUAAACGCAUUGAAUCGAGCAAAGAAGACCCAUAUUCUUCGAUUUGCAGGAUUCCAGUGUAAGAAUCUCUUGUGGGUUUAAUCUUUACUGUGUUUGAUGUGUGAUCUAGUGUUCAUAAAAUCAAUUAGAAACCCUUUUUUUCUUCCUUUGAUUUCAUAUAUGCUAUCUAUAUUUGAUCCUUGUUCUUGGGUUAUCGAAUUGAAAGAAAUAUGGCUCUGAUUUUUUUUUUUUUAGGAGGGCAAUGGUUAGUAGGAUAGUUUUAUUAGUCGUUAGCAAUUGAGAAUUUGAUCCCAGACCUGGUUAACAUCUUACCUCCCUCAAUGAGGCGUGCGGCCCGCGACCUGCGGCCCGCGGUCUGCGACCCAUCGGGCCGCUUGGUGGAGUUCAUGGCUCUGAUUUUGUAUAAUCAAUAGCUGAAUGAAAUUAGGGUUUGCAGAAGGCAAAGGAGAGGAAAGAGAAAGGGAAAGAGAGAGAAAAGAAAAAGGGGAUGGAAUU